AUGCCGAUCGCCAUAGGUCUGGAGGGCUCUGCCAACAAGCUGGGUGUUGGAGUUAUCCAGCAUUCAGUCAGGCCGCAAUCACCACACGAUUCCGCGCAUUCAGACGAUGAAGCAUCAUUCACUUCCAAAAAUUCGAAGUCUCCACCAGUUCAGAUUCUCUCGAACCUCAGGCACACCUUCCAUGCACCACCAGGAGCAGGCUUCCUACCCAAAGACACUUCAGCGCAUCACAGAAGAUGGGCCGUGCGCUUGGUCAAGCAAGCCAUGAAGCAGGCCAAUGUGAAGGUGGAGGACAUAGAUUGCAUUUGCUUCACACAAGGGCCUGGAAUGGGUGGUCCACUGUCUUCGGUCGCAAUCGCUGCACGAAUGUUGAGCCAGCUGUGGGACAAGCCGCUUAUUGGGGUGAAUCACUGCGUUGGGCAUAUCGAGAUGGGAAGGGCAAUCACAGGGGCAGAUAACCCGGUUGUGUUAUACGUGAGCGGAGGAAAUACACAAGUCAUUGCAUAUUCGGCACAAAGAUACCGAAUAUUUGGUGAAGCGCUAGAUAUCGCGAUUGGGAACUGUCUGGACAGAUUCGCACGAGUUCUGGGAAUCCCCAACGAUCCAGCUCCGGGCUACAACAUCGAACAACUGGCAAAGACUGGGAAGGUAUUACUGGAGCUGCCAUAUGCCGUGAAGGGUAUGGAUGUGAGCUUCUCUGGUAUCUUGGCAAGAGUUGAAGAAAUGGCUGCGAAGCUCGGUCCAAACUGGACUGAUCCAGAGUCUGGAGAACAAAUCACGAAAGGCGAUCUCUGUUUCACCUUGCAGGAGACGGUAUUUGCUAUGCUCGUUGAGAUUACUGAACGUGCUAUGGCACAUGUGGGGAGCGCUCAGGUUCUUAUCGUCGGCGGGGUUGGUUGCAACAUUCGACUGCAGGACAUGAUGGGUCUCAUGGCUAGCGAGCGUGGCGGCAGUGUUUUUGCCACGGAUGAACGGUUCUGCAUCGACAACGGCAUCAUGAUCGCUCAAGCCGGGCUGAUGGCUCACCAAAUGGGUUUCAGGACGAAGCUGGAAGAGAGCCAGUGUACUCAACGCUUCCGAACUGACGAAGUCCUCGUCAACUGGAGAGACUGA